AGGCGAAAAGGCGAAGAGAAAGUUGAUACGGUUCCAGCUGGAGGUGGCGGGCGCAAACGUUCGAGACGAAGUGGCGGGGGUUAGAAAGAAGAAUGCGUUGGGGGUGGGGGAGGAUGUCCCGCGGGGAGGUAAAAGAAAUUCACAAAAGGGAAAGGAGAAAUAGAAAAAGGGAGAGGGGAGACGAGAGGUUGAGAGGGAAACGACGAAGAAGAUUGAAGAUUGAAGAUGUUGUUGUUGUUAUUGUGAGAGGGGCUCGAAUCUUUUUCGGCGGUACGUUGACAAUACCAGGUGUUGUUACCCUUUUACCGUCCGUAUACUUACUGGAGUACUUCCCAAGAUAGAUCACAAACUCGUCUAUCUCUAAAAGAUCGGUCUAGGACGAAACGGAAAAUAUUACAAAUAAUAAGACUCAAAACAGGAAAUAAUGGCGAAGAAGGAAAUUUCAAAGCAGUGUCAAUGCGUGACAGCCACUCAAGACUUUCUAUAUCAAAG